AUGGUAGUAUUCAAAAAAUUAUCAUUAAGCGAGAAAAGUAAUAAAGAAGUAUACGUUAUAACACAAUGUCAACAACUGAAGUUCACUCUCAAUCUCGACUCUCAACAGACUGUAGAAAAUAGAAGUUCUGAAACAAUUGAGAUUAUUGUCUUGAAUAAAACUGCACAUUUAAUCUUAUUUCUUUGCUUGAUACAACUCGUGGAAAUCAGGGUAGGAUGUGAGCUACGAAGUGCAAGAGACGUUGAAGAUUCGGAUACAAAUCUUGCGGCUACUAGUGUGGAAGCGGGUGAUAACUCUGAAGUUAACAACAUCGGACAAAUCAUCGAAGAUAAAACAGAGGACACUUCAAUCAAAAUAUAA